UUCCUUCAGAACCCCGGGUAACAGUAGAUAAUACAGUGGUUGAAAAUGGAACCACUAUCGGCCCAUUUCUUGAAGGGAACACCAUGGUUCUCAAGUGCAAGUCCUCUGGAGGAAGGCCUGCACCGGAAGUGACGUGGUGGAAUGGGACCUCACACUUGCCGAAGAAGACAUUACGUACCCCAGGUAACCAAGGUGGUAUCGAUGUGGUUUCUACUUUGCGAUUUAUCCUCUCACGGUGGGACUUAGACGCCAAAUUGAUGUGUUUUGUCAACAGCACCGCUACUUCGACAUCCAUCUCUAAAUGGGUAAAAUUAAACAUCCAUGUUCGCCCCUUGGGUCUGAGAGUUCGGGGUCGAUCAGCUCCGGUUGUGGAAGGAGAAAUGGUUUCUAUAACUUGUACUGUAGAGGGCGCUCGUCCAGCAGCAAAUAUCACCUGGUACAAUCGGUCAGAAGUCGUUCGGCCUCAACCAAUAACAAGCAAGGAUUUGAUGAGUGACGGAACCUAUCGUACCACAAGCACUCUCGUGUUUAUAGCUUCUAGACAUGAUCAUCGUGGGGAAUUCUUCUGUAAGGGGACCAACAACGUCAUCAAAAAACGACUAGAAACACCUCUUUUAGAAGCAACCACCUUAGAAGUUCUUUUUCCUCCAGCGGUCGAAGUGUUACCCCGAGGAUACUAUCCUGUGAACGAGUCUGACGAAGCCGUCUUAACUUGCUAUUUCAACGCCAAUCCACCGAACGUGACAGAGAUCGUGUGGUUCAAAGACAACAGAAUUCUGUCUCAAGCUCGGACAGAGCGUUUUCGUCUAACUAAAAACCCUAUACCGAAGUUAGACAUCAAAAGCGUCAGACGAGAGGAUGCCGGGGUUUAUAGCUGCCAAGUGAAAAACGCUUACGGAAGAGGGACGUCUUUCAAUUUUGUGCAUUUGGAUGUUUUAUAUCCUUCACAAGUCAGUCUGAUAAUAAACCCUCCCAUAGCUAUAGAGGGAACGAACUCCUCUGUGUUCCUAACGUGCGACACCUUGGAAGGUAACCCUAAAAACCUUACCGGAGUGAACUGGUACAAGGACGGGAAGUUUCUGGAAGAAAGCACAGUCAGCAGGUUGAUCUUCGUAGGAGUUAAGAGACAUUUCACUGGUAACUAUUCCUGUCAGGGGUUGAACGAGGCCGGCUGGAGUUCGAUGUCCUCCUCUGAGGGGUUGAUAGUGCAAUAUCCCCCUGGUGUUGCUACAGUGCUACCUCCAGACCAAAGAAUAGUUAAAGGACAUCCAGUAACUUUGUACUGUGAGGUCAGUGACCUGGGAUUUCCGCUGGCUGGUUUUUAUCACUGGGAAAAAGAUGGCGUGGUGCUGAAUUCCACUUCUAAUUUAUAUAUCAGCGAGCCCGUUUCGGUGGCGACUGAAGGCAAUUACUCUUGCUCUGCAGUGAAUGAAGUGGCGAUUGGAAGCUCAGUCCUUUACCAUCUGGAUGCCUUUGCACCUCCCAGGUUUGUGGAGAAGUUACCUGCCAUAGGGGGUGCUCUACGAAAUAUUCACACUGUAAACUUAAGGUGCAGGGUGGAGUGCGAACCUUUAUGUGACGUCAUGUGGUAUAGAAAUGAUGAGAACCUCAAUGGUUCGAAGUUUUUCUUCAGUGAAACGGUUGAACAACCACCAGACAUCGAGAGGAACACAUUCAAGUCUGUAAUUAGUGUUUUAUCUUGGAACAUGAGUCUCCUGCCUUCCCUGAGUUUUGACUUCAACAACUUCACUUGUAAAACUACGGCUAAUAAAGUGGGUAAAGGCGUUUCUAGCAGCAUGAUCUUCCGUCUAGAAUAUCCUCCUGAGGACAUCAAGAUUUCGAUGGUUCAGCUGGAGAUUUUGGAGGGAGAGGUCCCGGAGGAUCUGGUGUGUUCAGCCUCUGCUCAUCCCGAUGGAGAAUACAUUUGGCUCCAGAAAGGCGAACCUGUUUCCCAAGGUCCGGUGUUGUCGUUUAAUUCGUCUUUGUCUAAGGAAAUGGCGGGAAACUACACAUGUGUUGUCAGCAACAGACACGGUAGAGCGAAAACCGCGGCUGUGAUUCGGGUUCUUCAUAAGCCUGAGUGCAUGAUAAGAAGAGGAUACGACCAGUCUGGAACCCUGAUUUUAACCUGUCAGGCCCAUUCCCAACCUGGUGUCGUGAACUUCACGUGGUACAGGAACAACUCGACUGUCCAUGUUUACCACGUGACUGAUGGAGCUAGUCACAGCGUCUUGAAGCUCUCUAAAGAAAGGUCAAGCAGCACCAGUAGCUACUCCUGUGUUGCAGCGAAUGUGAUUGGCCAGUCCGAUCCGUGUUACGUCCCUCUCACCGACUUUCCGUCGCCGGAAGGAUGGGUCCAGCUGUUGCUGAGAGAAGAGAAUCUCGUCAUUGUGGCGGGAGUUGCUGGGGGGUUAGUAGUUCUAGUGGUGGUCUUAGUAACCUGUUUGAUUGCCGUCCUGCUUAAACGACGAAUGCGAGGAAACAGAAAGACAGAUUUAGUGCAACGUCAAAUACCCGAGGGGAAGGAAUUAACUGCCGAUGACACCCCAGGUGGAGCAUCCCCUCUAUUGACUACCCUCGAUAAACCUGAUGGCAGUCCUCUAUUGAGACACAUUGUUGGAGACCGAAACUGUGCUGAUGUGGCAAGUGAAGACCACGUGAUCUCCCGAAACUUUCCUUUAAGCCGAAGUGGAAACGACCGCAGAUGACAAGAUAAUUAAAGCAGCACUGAUCACCCCCUCAGAAACAUUGGAUCUUCCUUGCUCACCAUUUGGACGAGGAGACGCUGAUUGUUUAGACGUGUAUGUUAUAAAAAAGAAAGAGGGGUGAUAAGGUUUUGAAUAAGUAACCGGUAAGAGUUAAAAAUGCUGGAUUUUUUAUGAGAGAAAUAUUUAUUUUUAGAUACUUUCUCCCAGACGUUUUAAGAGAUGCUGACGGAACUAUGGUGAUGGAAUUAUUAGUAAUUAAGAAAUGUUUAAAGAACAAUUUGUCCUUAAUUUGAAGCUAUUUCUAAAACGUGUAUGUACGUAUAUUUGAGCCCAAGAAAAUAAUAAAAACCGGUACGAAGUGACC